CCAGCAGCGAGCGCCUAGGCUUCUGGGUAGGUGGCUCUACCCCGCCUCUUAGUGAAGGCCUUGACUGCUGCUUCUGCGGCACUGCACCUCCUAGGAUGGCUGCCCUGGUUGUAAACAGGCCUGGUGCGGGACUAGACAGUGGUCGUCAGGGCAGCCGGGGGACAGCGGUGGUGAAGGUGCUGGAAUGUGGAGUUUGUGAAGAUGUCUUUUCUUUGCAAGGAGACAAAGUGCCUCGCCUUCUGCUUUGUGGCCAUACAGUCUGUCAUGACUGUCUCACUCGGCUGCCUCUUCAUGGAAGAGCAAUCCGUUGCCCUUUUGAUCGACAAGUAACAGACCUUGGAGAUUCAGGUGUCUGGGGAUUGAAAAAAAAUUUUGCUUUAUUGGAGCUUUUGGAACGACUGCAGAAUGGACAUAUUGGUCAGUAUGGAGCUGCAGAAGAAGCCAUUGGGAUAUCUGGAGAGAGUAUCAUUCGUUGUGAUGAAGAUGAAGCUCACAUUGCAUCUGUAUAUUGCACUGUAUGUGCAACUCACUUGUGCUCAGAAUGUUCUCAAGUUACUCACUCUACAAAGACAUUAGCAAAGCACAGGAGAGUGCCUCUGGCUGAUAAACCUCAUGAGAAAACCAUGUGCUGUCAGCAUCAGGUGCAUGCCAUUGAGUUUGUUUGCUUGGAAGAUGGCUGUCAAACCAGUCCACUCAUGUGCUGUGUCUGCAAAGAAUAUGGAAAACACCAAGGUCACAAGCAUUCAGUGUUGGAACCAGAAGCUAACCAGAUCCGAGCAUCAAUUUUAGAUAUGGCUCAUUGCAUACGGACCUUCACUGAAGAAAUCUCAGAUUAUUCCAGAAAAUUAGUUGGAAUUGUUCAGCACAUUGAAGGAGGAGAACAAAUAGUGGAAGAUGGAAUUGGAAUGGCCCACACAGAACAUGUACCAGGUACUGCAGAGAAUGCCCGAUCAUGUGUCCGAGCUUAUUUUUCUGAUCUACAUGAAACUCUUUGUCGUCAAGAAGAAAUGGCUCUAAGUGUAGUUGAUGCUCAUGUUCGAGAAAAACUGAUUUGGCUUAGGCAGCAGCAAGAAGAUAUGACUAUUUUAUUAUCCCAGGUGUCAACAGCCUGUCUCCAUUGUGAAAAGACCUUGCAACAGGAUGAUUGUAGAGUUGUUUUGGCAAAACAAGAAAUUACAAGGUUACUGGAAACAUUGCAAAAGCAGCAGCAGCAGUUUACAGAGGUUGCAGAUCAUAUUCAGUUGGAUGCCAGCAUCCCUGUUACUUUUACAAAGGACAAUAGAGUUCACAUUGGACCAAAAAUGGAAAUUCGAGUUGUCACAUUAGGAUUAGAUGGUGCUGGAAAAACUACUAUUUUGUUUAAAUUAAAACAGGAUGAGUUUAUGCAGCCUAUUCCAACAAUUGGUUUUAAUGUGGAAACUGUAGAAUAUAAAAAUCUAAAGUUCACCAUUUGGGAUGUAGGUGGAAAACACAAAUUAAGACCAUUGUGGAAACAUUAUUACCUCAAUACCCAAGCUGUUGUAUUUGUUGUUGAUAGCAGUCACAGAGACAGAGUUAGUGAAGCACACAGUGAACUUGCAAAGUUGUUGACGGAAAAGGAACUCCGAGAUGCUUUGCUCCUGAUUUUUGCUAACAAACAGGAUGUUGCUGGAGCUCUGUCAGUAGAAGAAAUCACUGAACUUCUUAGUCUCCAUAAAUUGUGCUGUGGCCGAAGCUGGUAUAUUCAGGGCUGUGAUGCUCGAAGUGGUAUGGGACUGUACGAGGGGUUGGACUGGCUGUCACGGCAACUUGUGGCUGCUGGAGUAUUGGAUGUUGCCUGAUUUUAAAUGUAGCAUUGUUUAAAGUUUUGUGGUUAAGAGUUAUUUUGCACAUAAUAUGUUGUAAGAAAUUCUACAUCUCAAAGAUAGUUAAUUUAGGAUGUAUAUAUAAAAGGAAUGUUGGUUUGGGAAUUCAGUACAAUAGUGUUUUUUAAAAAAUCUGUAGUAAAAUUUAAAUACCUGAUUGAGCAGAUUAAAUUGAAUUAAAUAGGGACUGAGUAUAAUUUUUUUAAAGUACAAUUAGUAAGUUUUUCAGAUUAUAUGUGGUCCUCAUAUUGGGAAAGAAGUAGUCACAGAGAAAGGAUAGGUGACAGUUAUUCUUUUAAUAAAAAGAGAAUAGCUGAGUGCCUAAUGGAACUUCUGUAUGAAGCAAAUGAAACAUGGCUUCUUCUUUAACUUGUGUUUUUCACUGGAUUUUUGGCAGGAUUUAGUAGCAAAAAUGGCAGUGACUCAAUGAAAUAAAAUCCAAACUGUAUCUUUGGGUAAUAGGAUUACUUUAAUGUUCAGUACAACAGAAUACCUUUAAUGCUAAGAAUUAUAAGUGAUAGAAAACUAAUAUUUUAUACAGUGUUUUAUAUAUUAAAACUUUCUCCUAAAAGCCUUUUGUAUGAAACCCAGAGAAUCAGAAUGAAAUGUUAUUUAACUUAGGCCAACUGUCAGAUAAGUACUACACUGAAGAACAAUUAAUAGUAAAACUGUGAAAGUCAGUUAUAUUCUAGUUGAUCUUCACUUAUAAAAGACCUAUUUGCAGGGUUCAGCCUGGAUUAUUAUUUCCUAGGUCAGAGCUCUAAAUUGGUUCUUCCAUUUUUUAAUAUAUUCGUAAUUUUUAGUAUUAAACACUAAAGUACUACUAAAAUAGUAGUGUUUCUUUUAAAUGUAUUACAUCUGUAGUGAAAAUGACUAUAGGUAAAAUGUAAUAAGUUACCUACAGAAACCAGGGUUGGUUUUACAUAAAAGGUAGAGAUCUAAGUAGAAAAUUACCCUUACCUCAAGAGGAGUUAUUUAAACAGUGGAAAAUGCUUAUUACAUUACUUUAAAAUGUUUUCCCAAAAGAAGUGCAUUUAUAUCCAUAAUAAGAUGUGAUCAAAGGUUUUCAUGACAAGGCCUUGAAAAGUUGUUUGAAAGAAUACGUUUAAGGAAGAAAAAGAAGAUACGUAUAAAAAGUUUACAUUACAUUUAAUAUGCAGUAUUUUACAAGUUUAAAAAUUUGUGCUCUUUACUGUUUUUCAUUUUUUAAGGAAACUCCCUUAUUAUGGCAGUACAAUUUAUAUAUUACAUACCUAGACUGGAUUUUAUGGUUUUUUUUUUUUUUUUUAAGUGCUUUAUACUUUAGGAUGAAGCUGAAACCGAAAUCUUAUUUGAACUGCUAUGAAGACUUGAUGUCUGAAUGCAGGAUGUGACUUCUAGGUGGCACUGUUUUUGGUUCGGUCUCUUUGAAUGUCUCUUUGUUUAAAAACAACAUAACUUUAGAAAACAAAGCAUUAAAAAAAAAGUCCAUCAGUAUUAUGGGGAGUGUGUAAAUAAGUAAAUAUAAUAUUUCAUGCUUUAUUUUUCAAAGAAAAGGUUAUGCUGUUACAAGUAUAGUUUAUGCAUAUAGGUAAUACUUCUGAAUUAAAUUAAUAUUUGACUGAUUGUAGUAACUGUGAAAAAUAAAAAAUGGUGUUACGUUUGCCUGUGAGCCCUUGAACUGUUUUCUCUGCUACGUAAUUGGGGAAAAAAAAGUCUAACACUAACAUAUAAACCUGCUUUCCUUGUAAAUUAUUUUACCAUUUUUGCUAAACUUUUAAAGUCACAUUCCUAGUAUAUUUCUAAGACACAGUUUUAAAUUGUGCUUAGAUCUAAUUCUGAUGUACAUAAUAGUAGUUUGUGUAUGUGUAAUGUGUUUGUUCCCUCUGGGAAAUGUCAAAUUUAAGAGUAAGAGAGAAGUUUUAAAUACAGUCAAUUAGGAUUUUCUUCCUAGCUCUGAAUUUCUGAAGUAAGCCUAAGUAUUACUGUAUGGUUUAUGUAAAGCAGGUUUUUCAAAUGUGUAGCUCUAGUCUGUAAUUUUGGAAUGCUUUAUAAUCACCAGAAGCCAUUAUUUGCAUUACAUAUGAUCAGUAUAGACAGCAAUAAAAGUGUUAAAAUCA